UAUUAAAUUAUUCAGGAGUAACACACUUUCGUUAGAAGUUUCAUUCGUUUCCGUCAGUUUCUACAAAGCUUGGUCUUGUUUCACUUUGUUGUGCCUCUUGUUUCACCCUCUUGUGCUUUCUAUUAAACAAAUAUGACUAGAAAAAUACGCAAGAAAAACGGGUCGACAGAUACCAGGAAAAGUGGAAGAAAAUUAAUCACUGUGAAUAGACUUCAAAUAUGUCAUACCAAGAGACCAAAGAAAACAAAGGCUUCACAUCUGAAGCCUACCAGAAUUGUUAAAUAUCUAGAUAAGAAAUGCUUAAGAAAUAAUAAACGUGAUUUGAAUAAAGAGAAUUCUUCUAUCGAGGAAGAAGUACCACGCCAUGAAGAGGAAGCAUACUUAGAUGAGUCAUUUCGUGUUAAGAGAUCAAGGACAAAAAAGGCUAAAAAAGACUACUUAAGUAAUAAUAAAUGUGAUUUAAAUACAGAGAAUUCUUCUAUUGAGGAAGAGUUACCAUGCCGUGAAGAUGAAGCAUACUUUGAUGAGCCAUUUCGUGUUAAGAGAUCAAGGACACUAAAGGCUAGAAAGAACUGUUCAAUUAAUAAUAAAUGUGAUUUAAAUACAGAGAAUUCUUCUAUUGAGGAAGAGUUACCAUGCCGUGAAGAUGAAGCAUGCUUUGAUGAGCCAUUUCGUGUUAAGAUAAGAAGUCUCAUUGCAAAUAUUUCUUCAUACAUAGCUACAAUGGAAAUAAACAUUUUUCAUAAUUGGAGUUGUAUUGCUCCUGAGCCUCAAGAUGUGUUUGGUAUGCUUGAAGGAGCUGAAAAAUUGUCUUCUUUUUUAGAAGAAAAAUUCUAUGCAUUGGAAAAUAAUGAAACUAUGCAGUUGGAAGCAGAAAAUAUCAAAUAUGCAUAUUGUAGAUCAAAGAUUAUAAUAUACAUCAUUAAAAAUAUAUUAGGAAGACUAGGGGAAAUUGAUGAUGAUUUGAAUUAUGAAAAGAUAGUCAUCAUUGAAGUAAACAAACAUUUGCAUUUAAUCAAAAGAUUUGGUUUGAAAUUACCGAUGGAUUGUUCAGUAUUGAAGAGUGAAAAAAACAAAUUGUCAUUCAGUGACUUUGCCGUUUUGAUCAAAUCUGAUUUGGACUUAUUUUCCUUAAAACAAACUGAUAAAGUCAAAGGAAUUCUUAAGAAAACAGCAGGUGAAAUUUGUAAAAUUAAUUUUCCAAUAUCAUACUUGGAAGAAGAAAGUUUGAAAUCUUAUGAAACACAGUUCUCUCGAGAGAUGAGCAAUGUUGAAGCAACUCCUCAGAUAAAUGAAUGUGAAGCUCUAAGUAUACAAGAAAAACAGACCAAGAGAAAAUUGAGAGCUACCGAAUCUAGCACUUCUUCUAAAAUUUUAAACAUCAGAAAUAAUCAUGACGAGACAUCAUCAUUGAGCAGAGAAAAUGCUGAUUUUCCUGAAACAUCAUUGUUUAACACUAUAGCAUCAGACAAUCAUGUGGAAAAGAAGAAAAGGCGAUAUAAUAAAAAAAAGAAAGCGACCACCUCUUUUCCAUAUAACGAAAGUAUGGACAUUGGAAAUAACCCCGUCGAGUCAUCAUUAAGUAAUGAUAUCACUAGUGCUCCUGAAAUAUCGUUACUUAUUUCUGCUACUUCAGAUGGUCAUUUGGAAAAGAAGAAAGGACCAGAUAAUAAAAAGCAUGGAGAUAUUCUAAUAAGUGAUUGUGAACUCCCUAAUAUCCAAGAAAACAAAACUUCAGGAGAAAGAGGUCAAUCCAAACAAUGUUUAUACAUAGCCAAAAAUGAAUCUGAAGUACUGGCUAGUCAGUGCCCUUCAAUUCUUGAAGAUAAUAGCCCCAAAGAUACAGAAUACAAAUUACUUGAACAUUGUGAAAAUAAUGUCACCGAAUUUUCUGAAAAUAAUCGAUCUGAAGAACGUAAACACGAUGUAUCUAAUGAUCAUGGAAAUAUUAUUCCUGAAGAUUGUAAAAAAGAUAUAUCAAAAUAUCCUGAAAAUAAUUUACUUGAAGAUUAUAAAAAUAAUGUGUUUGAUUAUUCUGGAAAUAAUUUAUGUGAAGAUACUAAACAUCAAGAAAGGAUAAAAGAUACCAAUGCAAAUGAGUCAGGCAAAGAUAUGAUCCUUCCAUAUGGCGAAAUAGAAAAAAUUAUUGAAGUAAAAAAUGAGCCAACUUCUGUCUGUAUGUUUAGUGAAGUUUCGGUUCCUUUUAAUGAUGAUGUUAUGAAUGAGGAAAUUGUAUUUGGAGGUGAAGUGACAGUUUCUUCUAAUGAGAUUUUCAAACAAGAACUUGAACAUUUAGAAAACAUCAUAACUACUGAUCCAAAUGAUACAUGCGACAAUCAAGUCUCUGCAAAUCAACUUUUCACAAACAAUUCAAAGUGCAAUGAAAACAUCAUAACUACUGAUCCAAAUGAUACAUGUGAUGAUCAAGCCUCCGCAAAUCAACUUGUCACAAACAAUUCAAAGUGCAAUGAAAAUAUCAUAAUUGCUGAUCCAAACAAAACAUGUGACAAUCAAGUCUCCGCAAAUCAACUUUUCACAAACAAUUCAAAGUGCAAUGAAAAUAUCAUAACUGCUGAUCCAAACGAAACAUGUGACAAUCAAGUCUCCGCAAAUCAACUUUUCACAAACAAUUCAAAGUGCAAUGCUACCAUCUCUACCUCACCUGCUAAAAGAUCGAAUAAUAAAAAAAAACCUGGCAAGUCAUUGUUGCGUUGUAAAAACAAUAGUUUUUCAGGAACAUCAUUGCUUAUUCCUACCAAUUUGGACAAUAAAGUAGAAAAGAAGAAAAGACCAUAUAAUAAAAAACCGAAAGUUGAUGUUGUUUAUGGAAUGGAAGCAGAUGUUGAAGUACAGAAUAUGAAGAAGAGAAAAGAGAAGGUUAAGAAUAUCAAAUUGACAAAUUCAUCUUUACCUGUCUUGAGUUUGGGGUCUGAACAGGAAGUGAAGGGCAAGGUUGUAAUUAAUACUUCCCAGGUGCCAGAUGUCGUCGAUAUUGAAGAUCCUGCAAAAAGAAUUAAUUCUAAUUCAUGCAAUAAAUUGGAUGCCAAAAGAUCAAUGAAUUUCAAAACAUACAAGAAAUCAGAAAUUACUAUACCUGUUACAAAGACUAUAAAGAAUUACUUUACAAUGGAUCUGAAAAGUUUAAAUAAUCAAGAAAAGUUUAUAAACAUUACAGAAGAUUUCCUGAAAAAAGAUCAAGGAUCUAAAUGUCUAAAUAAUGAACUACUUAAUAAGAGAAAUAAGGUUGAUAUAGAGGUCAAUGCCUUUGAUUGUGGUUCCUCAGGAUCAGGAAUUGAAGUUCCAAUUGAGAAUUUGGAGGAAGUUGUUAAGAAUGGAGAAACAAGCCAUUACAUGAAUGAAAGUUUCUCUGUUGAUGCAUUAGAAAAAAUUGUUAAAGUUAUCGAUGAUCCUUCCUAUGAAGGUAACAAUUUAAAAAAAAAGUUGAGCGGCAUCAUAAAUCAAAGCAAGGUAUCUCAUAUAAAUGUUCUGCAUUCAAAGGAUAAUUUAGUGACAAAUGAUCACAAUUAUAUAAAGUUACGUGCAAUAAACAGUGAAUACAAUUCAAAUCCUGACUACGAUUCUAAAGCAGGUUUUUGUAAUGAAAUAUUAGAUCAAACCAAUUCUCAAAUUAAUAACACAGGAUGCAAUUUCAAUCUGAAUAAUAAAAAUAUCAAUGACAGUAAUAACAACAUAACUGAAAAUAAAUCAUCUUAUUGUUCUAACCCUUGUAAAGCAGAUCCAUCAGACAUCAAUAGUAUUGAAGUGAAUUCUAAUGCAGUUGAAACUAAAACAGAAGAAUUGAUGAAUACUGAACAAUUUUUGCAAAAUAGUAUUGAUAUCAAUUAUUCUCAAAACCUUAUACCUGCUAAUGUUUCUGAAAAUGAUUUAAAUAGCAUAUCUUUAGCUAAGAUUACGAAAUGUCAACACUUUAAAGGCAACAAGGUUACCAAUGUUAAGUCUCUUGAUUUAGAUUUUUCAGAUCUUUGUUGGACCUAG